AGCGGAACUCCGAAAUUAAACAACACAUUGCUAAAUAAAAAAAAAAAAAAGUGCAAACGGCUGUGAAAAUAAACCCAAUUGCUGUGCAAAUAUUUGUUAGCCAAUUAAACAGCAAAAGAACAAAUCUACGGCGCGUGUGUCUAUUGUCAGUGUUACAGCUCGUUUCCCACACAAAUCUGAAAGUUGGUCUUGUGCGCAAAACGGCGAAAGCAAAGCGAAAAAAAAAUCACACAAUAUCGCAAUAAAAGGCUAAAGCAAUGUCCGAGUUUCUGCGGGAACAUGGCGAAUAUGUGUGGGUUAAGCCACAGAACACGAGCAGCGAGUUCGCUGUGCCCUUUGGCGCACGCAUCGUCCGAACGGAGAAGUCCCAAACGCUAGUCUGCGAUGAUGCCAAGAAACAGUUUUGGGUGCCGGCGAGCGAUGUGCUCAAGGCUAUGCAUCUAACCUCGCACCAAGAUGUGGAGGAUAUGAUUACACUGGGCGAUCUACAGGAGUAUACCAUAUUGAGAAAUCUACAGACGCGCUAUGCCAAGAAACUUAUUUAUACCUUUACAGGCUCCAUGCUGGUGGCCAUCAACCCCUAUCAGAUCCUACCCAUCUACACGCAUCGCGAGAUCCAGUUGUACCGCAACAAGAAGCUCAGCGAGCUCCCGCCACAUAUCUUUGCCAUCAGCGACAAUGCGUUCCAGCGACUUCAGCGGCUCAAGGAGAACCAAUGCGUGGUCAUAAGUGGCGAGUCAGGGGCUGGCAAAACGGAAAGCACCAAGCUUAUACUGCAAUAUCUGGCGGCGAUCAGCGGCAAACACUCGUGGAUAGAGCAGCAGAUCAUCGAGGCUAAUCCGAUCAUGGAGGCCUUUGGCAAUGCCAAGACUGUGCGCAACGAUAACUCCUCGCGCUUUGGCAAAUACAUAGACAUACGAUUCACGCCAGAGGGCGCUAUACAAGGAGCGCGCAUACAGCAAUAUCUGCUGGAAAAGUCGCGCAUAGUAUUCCAGAGUCGGGAGGAGCGCAACUAUCACAUCUUCUACUGCAUGCUGGCAGGCUUGAGCGGCGCAGAGCGUGAGCGGCUGCAGCUGCAGGAGCAGUCGCCCAGUCAGUAUCAUUAUUUGGCGCAAGGCGGCUGCUUUACACUGCCUGGCAAACAGGAUGCGAAGGACUUUGCCGACAUACGGGCAGCCAUGAAAGUGCUGUCCUUCAAGCCGGACGAGGUGUGGUGCAUACUCAGCCUGCUGGCGGCCAUUCUGCAUUUGGGCAAUCUGCGCUUCAAGGCCACUGAGGUGGCCAAUCUGGAGGCUGCCGAAGUGGAUGAUGCUGUCAACUUGGAGCGCGUCGCACUGCUGCUGGGCCUGCCCAACGCCUCGCUCAAUGCGGCGUUGACCCAGCGCACAAUCUUUGUGCAUGGCGAGCAUGUGGUUACCAGCCUGUCCAAGGAGGCGGUACUCGAGGGACGCGACGCCUUUGUCAAGUCACUCUACGAUGGCAUCUUUGUGCGCAUUGUGCGUCGCAUUAAUGACACCAUCAACAAGCAGCCAGCGCAGCCAGUCAACAGCAUCGGUGUCCUCGAUAUCUUUGGCUUUGAGAACUUUGACAACAACAGCUUCGAGCAGCUCUGCAUAAAUUAUGCCAACGAGAAUCUCCAGCAGUUCUUUGUGGGCCACAUAUUCAAGAUGGAGCAAGCGGAGUAUCAACUGGAGCACAUCAACUGGCAGCACAUAGAGUUUCAGGACAAUCAGGAUAUCCUCGACUUGAUAGCCAUGAAGCCAGUGAACAUAAUGUCGCUCAUUGAUGAGGAGUCCAAGUUUCCCAAGGGCACGGAUAGCACGCUGCUGGAGAAGCUGCAUGUCCAGCAUGGGAAUCGCUCCAUUUAUGUGAAAGGCAAAACCACGCAGACCUCACUCUUUGGCAUUCGCCACUACGCGGGCGUGGUAAUGUACAAUCCAUUGGGCUUCCUAGAGAAGAAUCGCGACUCCUUCAGCACCGAUUUGCGUUCGCUGGUGCAGCGGGCGAACAACAAAUAUCUGGUGGACAUAUUUCCACACGAGCUGCCCAUGGAUACGGCGAAGAAGCAGCCAACCCUUUGUGUCAAGUUUCGCAAUUCCUUGGACAUGCUAAUGCGAACGCUGUCCCAAGCGCAUCCUUACUUCAUCCGCUGCAUCAAGCCCAAUGAGUUCAAGCAAGCAAAUGACUUUGAUCAGGAGCUCUGCGUGCGCCAGCUGCGCUACUCAGGCAUGAUGGAAACCGCGCGCAUUCGUCGCGCUGGAUAUCCCAUUCGCCAUGUCUAUCGCGCCUUUGUCGAACGCUAUCGGCUACUGCUGCCACGCACGCCGCCUCUGGAGCAAUGCGACUGCCGCCUGCUGUCACGUCAGAUCUGCGAGAGCGUGCUGCCCGCUAAUGCCGAUCGCCAGUUUGGCCGCACCAAACUCUUUUUGCGCGAUGAGGACGACGCUUUGCUCGAGGCGGAGCGUUCGCGUCGCAUGCUCAAGUGCAUUGUUACCAUUCAGCGUGGCUUCCGACGCGUGCUCUUCCGACGCUAUCUGGCCAAGUAUCGCCAGGCGGUGCUCACGGUGCAGCGACAUUGGCGCGGACGCGUCCAGCGGCUUCGCUAUCGCACCAUGCAGCGUGGCUUCCAUCGUCUGGGCGCUUGCAUAGCAGCGCAGCAGCUGAGCAGCAGAUUCAGUAUGAUACGCAGUCGCAUGAUUAAGCUGCAGGCGUUGAGUCGCGGCUACUUGGCCCGAAAGCGUUUCGCGCUCGAAUUGACGGCCAAGCGCCAGCAGCUGAAGCAGGCUAAAGAGCAGCAGGCAGCGGCUGCUGCGGCAGCAACGGCAGCAGCAUUGCGCCUAAAGGAGCAACAAGCGGCUGCAGAGGCGCUGCGGCUGCAAGCAGAACAAGCAGCCAGAAAUGCCGCUGCCAUGGCUGCAGUGCAGCAACCGAAGCGCAGCAAGUCGCUUAAACGCGCCGAGCAGCCGCAGUUGAUAGCCAGGCAGCCGCAGCCUGCACCAACGUUGCAAGCGCGCAUGUCCUUGCCCCCACCACCGCCAAUGGGUGUGACUCCCAUUGUGGUUGCCACACGACCAGCAAGCAGCGCUCAACAGAAUGGACACGCCCUGCCGAGCUCUUGUUACAUUGAUGCGGAGUCGUCGAAGCAGAUAGUGGACGAUGUGUUUGGCUUUCUCAACGAUGAGCCCGAUCUAAAACUGAAACUUAGCAGUAAUUUAGCUGUUGGCGGCACCAUACGUCUGCCCAAGUCCGUGCCCAAUGAACUGGAUACCACUGACUUUAGUUUUCUGAAAUAUGCUGCCACAUACUUUUGUGGUGGCAACACGGCGCAGCAUGACAAGAAGCCCUUGAAGCAACCGUUGUUGAAACAUGAAUUACCCCUGGAACAAAUGGCAGCCAAGACCAUUUGGGUAAUGAUUUUGCGUUUCAUGGGCGAUGCGUUGGACUCCAGUCCCACUAUGUCGCCCCAGUCGCUAAGUAAUCCACAGAUAAUGCAAGACUUGACUGUCAUACUGGGCUGUAAGCCGCGCCGCUUUGUGCGCCAGACCUUGAGAAAAUCACCCAAGUUCCACGGCAUUGGUCAAAAUGCGGCCGAGGAGUUUUAUCAGCUUUGGCUACAAGUCAGCAGCAGUCAGCUAGACAAGAUCUAUUUCAUUAUUGGCCACGGCAUAUUAAAGGAGAACUUGAGGGACGAAAUACUUGCUCAGAUCUGCAAGCAGCUGUGUCUCAAUCCCAGCCGCAGUUCAAUCUCCCGCGGCUGGCUGCUGCUUUCACUCUGCCUCAGCUGCUUCCCGCCCAGCGACACUUUCGAGCCCUAUCUGCGUAGCUUCAUGAAGCUCGGCACUGCCAAAUUGCACGCAGGCGCUUCGCAGCAUAAUCUGGAGCGCACCUUGGCGAACGGAGCGCGUACUCAGCCGCCAACGAUGCUUGAGUUGCGUGCCAUACGUAGUCGGGAACCCUUGAAGGUUGCCAUUCAGCUGAUGGAUGGUCAAGUGCGGAAAGUGCAGCUGGAUGCCGCUAGCACGGCCAGAGAGACAGUACAGCAGGUAUGCGAUAGCUUGGGAUUGAGUGAUGGCUUCGGCUUUGGCCUAGUGCUGUCGCUGCAUGAGAAGUUACUGCCUCUGGGAGCCGGACGCGAGCAUGUGCUGGAUGCCAUUGCCAGCUGCGAACAGCGGCAACUGGAUGCUCCCUGGAAGCUUUAUCUGCGCAAGGAACUCUUUGGUGCCUGGUAUGAUCCUGCACUGGAUGCACAAGCCACGCACUUGAUCUACAAGCAAAUUGUGGCGGGCUUGAGAUGCGGAGAAUAUCGGUGCCGAUCGGAGAAGGACAUUGCCAUGGUGUGCGCCUUGGCUUGUUAUAUAGAGCAUGGCGCAAGUGAUGCGUCUCAGCUAAGUGAGGCGGAUUUGACCGCCUAUGUGCCGCAGGAUCUGCUGGCGCCUGGAGAGCGAGCUGUUCAAGUCUGGAGUCGCCUGAUUGCUGCCACCUAUGAGCGCAGCUCGUAUGUGAAGCAGGGCGUGGCCGCGGAGAGACAGCAGCGUGCUGAGCAGGACAUUUGCCUGUUUGCUCAUCUGUCCUGGCCCAUGCGGCAUUCGCGACUGUUUGAAGUGUUACGCUUGAGCGGACCAAAGCUGCAAAGCGAUGAGCUUAUGCUGGCGGUGAAUGCCACAGGCUUGGCUUUAAUCGAUGAAACGGAGCAAGUGCUGGCCAGCUGCAGCUAUGCGGAGCUGCUAAAGGUUGAGCUGGCAGCCAGCGAUAGACUGCUCGUGCUCACUGCGCAGCAGGAGAACUUUGUGCUGCAGUGCAGUGAGGCCUUGGAUGCUCUCGAAUUGAUUGACUUCAUGUUGGUGAAUCUUAAGCAACGCUCCAGCUUUGCUGUGGCGAUAGAGAGUCAGCAGGCUGAGCUGCUCUGCUUUGAUGUCGGAGAUGUAGUGCAGCUUGAGCCGGGAGUUUCAGGUGCUCAGCUAAUGGCCGCAGAGCCUCAGAGCAUCUGGCGUGGCUGCGUCAAAGGACAGUGGGGUGAAUUUUCUACGGCACGUGUGCGGGUGCUGGCCACACUGACAAUGCCCAGCUUGGAGUUGCAACAGGUGUUCAAGGAACACUCUGCUGUUGGUGGUGUGAAGCCAGCCAAUCUAGCGACGGCAGCAGAGGCGCCGAGGAAUCGCCAACAUAGUCUGGCGCUGCUUUCCGAAAUGCUUUAUCGCGAACCAAAUGACCCCGAUACUGUCCCACUCUGGAGUUACUCGCCGGAACCACUGAAAGCUCCUCUGCUCAAGGCGCUGUCCAACAAGCCGCAGCUCUAUCAACAGGCACUGGUCAUUUACCAUCAUAUACUCAAAUAUAUGGGCGAUAUACCACGCGGCAAUUUACCUGUGAACACGGAUCUAAUCUUUCAGCCAGCGCUGCAGCAGCCUCUGCUCUGCGACGAGAUCUAUUGCCAGUUAAUGAAGCAGCUCACCUCAAAUGCGACUCUGAAGAGCGAACAAUGUGGCUGGGAUCUGCUGUAUCUGGCCACAGGACUCAUGACGCCCAGCACGCUCAUAAUGCGUGAGUUGCUGCAGCUGCUGCGGCUACGAGCGGAUGCUUUGGCAUAUGCUUGCCUCAAGCGUUUGAAGCGUACCUUGCAGUAUGGCACGCGCAAACAGGCGCCGCAUUCAAUUGAAGUGGAGGGCAUACAACAGCGCUGCAUGCAUAUCUAUCAUAAGAUAUACUUUCCCGAUAACACCGUCGAGGCCUUUGAGAUCGAAUCACAUACAAACGGCGCGCAGUUAAUUCAAGACAUAGCACAGCGGCUGGAGCUGAAAUCACAUGUGGGCUUUAGCAUAUUCCUUAAGCUGGGCGAGAAGGUUUAUGCCAUGCCCGAGACUUCCUUUGUCUUUGACUUUAUAACGGAGCUGCUGCAGCAUCUGCGCCAGCAGAAGUCCAUACGCACCCAGUGCGAUGGACACUAUCAGCUUCACUUUAUGCGCAAGCUCUGGUUCAAUUGUGAGCCGGGCGUUGAUGUUAAUGCGGACUUGAUUUUUAACUAUCCACAAGAGCUGCACAAAUAUCUCAAGGGCUACUAUGCCAUAGAUAUGCAGCUGGCUUUGCAGCUGGCUAACAUUAUAUACAAUGCGCGGGAGGAGGAUGAGGUUGAGGCCUUGCCGUUGGCUCAGCUGCUAACGCUGCUUGUGCCUGAAGAUUUGGUGCCACUGCAAACGUUGCAUGAGUGGCAACGGCAGCUGCAACUGGAGCCACAGCACUUAGAGUCCAACGAUGCCAAGCUCAUAUUUCUACGCGAGUUGGCAAACCAGCGGUGCUUUGGCGCCACUUUCUUCGCCAUCAAGCAGCAAAACGAUGAAUCGCUACCCGAACAGCUGUUAAUUGCUAUUAACUCCAGCAGCUUGCAAUUGUUGAACGCACACACCAAACAACUGUUGCGUAGCUAUGGCUACGCGGAGCUGGGAAUGUGGAGCUCUGGGAAGAAUCAUUUUCACAUACGGUUCGGCAACAUGAUAGGCGCCUCGAAGUUGCUCUGCAGCACCACACAGGGCUACAAAAUGGACGAUCUGUUGUCCUCAUAUAUGCGUUACUUUAUUGCCGCUACGUAAAAUACAGUCUUGCCUUAUA